AUGCCGGCGAAGAUUAUGGUGAUCAGGGACAUCGAGCGUGACGACAUCGAGUUCAUCUCGAAGAUCCUAGGUGUGGAGGCGUCCGCCAGCAUGGACACGUUCACGCCAGAGAAGCUCGCCAAGGUGAGCCUCGUCCAGGACCAGAAGCUCAACGACGACCUCGGAAGCAUCGUCCGGUUCACAGGCCUUCUGAGCAGCCACGGGGGCUGCGUCUCGGUGCUGGUGCGCGCCUCCAACCAGAUGCUGCUGGACGAGACCGAGCGAUCCAUCCACGAUGCCCUGUGCGUGGUCCGGAGCCUCGUGAAGAAGAGAUACCUCAUUCCAGGCGGCGGAGCGCCGGAGAUGGAGGUCUCGCAGAAGCUGCUGCAGUGGGCCAGGACCAUCGGGGGCAUCGAGGCGGUCUGCAUCGAGCACUACGCGGAGGCGUUCGGGGGUUUCGGCUGGCACGCUGGCGGCGUCUUCAGCACGACGGUGUACGCGGCACCACUCGCGAGGUUGACCGUCGCGGGCUUCGCCAGCGUGAGCUGCGCAGUAGGUCGCUACACGCUGGAGGCGCGCAAGGCGUGCGGGCGGAUAAGAGCCAUGUUGAGGCGCGUAGCACAAGCGCUGAUCAAAGCCAGGGCAGGGCAGGCCGUGGCUCGAAAGUUAAAGAACGGCGGACCACCAGUGUAUUCUACUGGCCUCGCAGAUAAUGAUGGCGACGAAGAGGUCACAGUAAAUUUCGAAGACGGCGAUUUCUAUACGAUACCUGGGAUGACCCAUAAGCGUGGGAAGGACAUGAUGAGUGUGAAGCAGCAGAAGAAGGGCAAUUAUUUAUGGGAGGGCGCCAGCGGCGCGAUGGCGGAAGAAGCGCCCCCAGAAGGGAGGGCGCUGGCGGACGGCGAGGUGGCUCCCGAGGGCUCCCAGACCCAGCAGGAAUCCCAGCAUCAAGGGUUCUUGACCCUGGCCGACGUCCCACCAGAUAUGCUCGAGGAGCAUGUGAGGGCGUCGCAGAAUAUGGCGAUGGAGAUGGACGACUUCGCGAUGGCGCAGCGCAUUCAAGAAGAAGAGGAGCAAGAAAAGGAAAAAGUGGUGCUGGAGGUGGAAGACUCGCCCGAGAAGCCGAAAGAUGGCGAGGCCCCGAGUGAUGGCCACCAGCCUUCGCCUGUCGUGGCCCCGAUCGGAUGGAUUCAGGCGAAGAGAAAGGCCAACGCGCGCGAGGGCUGCUGCGGCGACGCCGCAUUCGGCAGGGACGGCGGCUCCAGUGACGACGGCGCAGAGAUCCACGACAGCACCCACGGGCAGCGCGGCCCCGAGCCCUACGGCCACGGACAGCGCAGCCCCGACCCCUGCGGCAGCUGGAAAGAGGUGCCCCAGGAGCUGGCUGGCCACGGCGGCGAGACGAACCCAGGCAUCGAACGCCCGAUCGUCGCCGACGUGCAGCCGCAGCUGGAAGGCCACGCGCCGAACGACAAGGAAUCUCUGCUGACCGAGCUGCAUCAAGAGCUGGACGCGAUGAACCAAGACGUGCUCUUCAAGGGCACUGAAGAACAAUCUAUGGAGCGCAUGAGUCAGGUCCUCACUCAGUUCUUCAACGGCGACCUGGUGGGCAAGGUGCAAAAGCUGAGGAAGGAAGAUGCGAAGGCUGCAAAAGAAAUCGAAAAGGAUGACCCGCUCCCCGAGGACGCCGCGAGGGACAAAGCCCUCUUCGAAGAAUUGGCCCUUAAUAAUUAUUAUUUCACUACGCAGACGACGGCAGGGAAUGCGAUCGGCUCGCGAUGGGCGCGGGCAAUUGCGGCGUCAGAUAAGCUGAGAAGGAAUUAUGCGAAAUGCCAGGGGUGGGCAGAAAGCCGUGACUUCCGAGCAAAGUGGUGCAAGAAGUUGCACAAAAAGCAUAAGGCGCGCUGGGAAAAGAGAAAGGAGGAAACGUUCGAGAAGACCGAGAUGAAGGACGGGAAGUACAUCUCCCUCGGCCGCAUGGCCUUCCUCGAGGGAGGCGGGUCGGCUGGCCUGAAGGCCGCGUUCAAGUACGCAACCAACGCGAUUCUGGUAGGGGGUAUGUACGUCAAGUGGGACGAGUGGACAGAGUCGGUAAAGUUCCUCUACCUUACACACAGGCUGAGGGAAUCGUUCAAGAGGGCAUGGAGCACUUUCCAGUCGUGGCAGGGCAAAGGUGAUAUUGAGGACGCGCAGUUGCCCGCCAACGAGGACGACGACGACGACGCCUCGACCAAGGUCAAGAAAGACAAGACGAAGCAAAAGACGAAGACGGGCAAAGACACUGGAGGCGGCAGGAAGAGCAAGGGCACUAAAGGCGAGAGGAAGGGCAAGGGCACUAAAGGCGGCAAUAAGGGCGCUAAAGGCAAGAAGGGCGCUAAAGGCGACAAGGGCACUAAAGGCGGCAAGAGGACUGGCAGGAACGGCACUGAAGACGGCACCAACGGUGACCAGAAGAAGAAGAUGACUUCCACGCCCCCCUGGCCCAAGGAGUUCAAGCAGGUCAAAUCUAUGUUCGACACGUGCAGCCUGCAGUACAUGAGGAUCCACGAGAAGGUAAAGAAGGACCCCCAAUGGCAGUGGGCCAAGAAGUCUGGCACGGAAGACCUGGACAAGGCCAACGCGAAGGUCGGGGAAGCAAAGUUCCAGCUGAGAGCCAAGAGAGCAACCCAGGUGCUGACGGAUCCCCUGAUCAAAUUGCAGAAAGAAUGCAAUACCAUGGAAGAUAUGACGGCCGCGAAGGACUCCGCGGUGCUCUGCCAUUAUUUUCAAAAGUGCGAGGCGCCAGGGUAUUGCUCCGUGCACUCCCUUUUGAAGGUUGCAGCGUGGCAGCUUCAGUGCCUCGUCGACGGCACCCUCCCAGACCAUGGGCACGACGGCGUGGAGAUGGGGGGUAAAAAUUUCGACCCUGGGCCCAGGAAGUUUCCGUUCAAAAGCAUGGUGAUGUAUAUCAAGGGCGACUGGUCGGAAUACCAACAUUCCAUGGGUCUAAUGCCUUGGGGGCCCAUCUACAACUGCUGCCCCCUGUGCACCGUGACCAAAGAUUUGCGGGACGUCGCGUACCCAGGGAUGGUGACCAAAGACGGCCUCGAACACAGAGAUAGAAAGCACCACGAGUAUUGCGAGGCAUGCUCACGGCGAGAACACGUUGUGAACGUUGCGAACGAUCGCAUUCGCGACGCCCUGGCCGACAUUCUCCACGACGACGGGAACGGGAAAGGAAGGGUGCUCAAAAAAGAUGUCGAUUUGCCCGCUCUGAAGCUGAAGCGAGGCGAUCGGCUCGAGCCCUCGGACGAGCUUUUAACGCCAGAGUUGGGAAACGGGAUCGGCGAGACCGACGCCCUCGCGGGAAAGAACCAGACGCCUUGGGGCAUCUACCGAAGAAACCGCGCGCCGCUGACUGACGGCGCAAGCAGGUCGCCCAAGGAUGACGCCCAGCUGACGGAAGCCGAAAGGAAGAACAACGGGGCGACCAGCUCGAAUUCGAAAGGUGAGCGGAAGAGCGCACGUGCACCAGAGGGAGAGGCGGAAGGCAAGGGCAAGCUCGGCGAGGACGAAUUGCAGGAGCUCCGCGCGCGCUUGGCCUGCGCCGAGGACGCGGCAGGCGAGGCGGAGGGCGCCGUGCGGCGGCUGGAGGCGGAGCGGGCCGCCGGUCCUCAGCAGAGUGGCGACGUGCGCAGCCUCGCGCGCUUCUUAUCGCGGCGCUUCCGCCGCCCUGGACCGACGAGUGCCAGGACCUCAGGGACCAGCUGCGCGACGUGGGCGGCGGAGCGGCGGUCGCCGUGGCCGGAGGCGGGGGCGACAGGCAGCGGCUGCAGCAGGAGUGCGAGGAGCUGCGGGCGAGGCUCGGCUCGGCGGCGCGCGCGGAGGAGGACGCGCGCCGGGCGGCGCGCCAGGCGCAGGAGGCCGAGGCGCGCCUGCGUCGCGAGGGCGACGUGCUGCGGGCGCGGGUGGAGGCGCUGCAGAGCGAGGCCGAGCGCGGGCGGGAGG